GUAGAAGGAAUAGAUCUUUCUAGGGUUUUUCUUCAUUCUUUCCGCACAAAGCCAAGAUUCGGUUACCAAUUAUUGAUUUUUCGUUGAAGCUUGAAUUUUCUUGAGCGAGUUAACUCAUAUUUGUGCCGGCGGUGGAGACUCGUUCAAAUUUUCAAUUGCAAACUCAAAUCCAUGAUCAUCAGCAUCACAUGGACUCCUCUCCUGUUCAUCCCACUCCUUCCGUUGAAGUAGACGAGUGGGACACUGAUGGAUUUGUGAUUCCAAGCUUGGGCAUUGGAUAUCCAGACCAGAAUCAAACUGAUUCUCCAAAAGUAGAAGAUUCUAAACCAUCUACAGUUCAGGCUAAUAAAGAAGAGAAGAUAUAUCUCGGACCUCAUGGAGCCCCGCCAUCACAAUCGAAGCUGCAAGAGCUGAAUUCUUCUAGUCGUAAGCAGAGGUUAAGACAGAAACUUAAGGAAGCAGACAGGCAAUACUGUGGAACUGGGCGGGAAAAUAAGGUCGAUAACUUGAGAGAGCUUGUUGGUGGUGGAAGAAUGUCAUCCAACACUUCAAAGAGUUCUAGAGAUUGGCUCGACCCACAUUGUCACGAGUCCCAGUUUGAGCGGAGGCGCCUUCGGUAGAUCUUUCCAAUAAGUUUUAAAAGUCCUUCAGUUUCUUUACAGUUUCUCCUUUUAACCCUCAACUCUCGGAAUAAUUUGUCACUACAAUAAGAUUAUUAAGCCAUUCUCUCUGACAUUGAGGUACCUGAAAAUUAUCGAAGAAUUUAUGUACUUCGGCAUUGAUCCUCUGCCGAAAACUACUUGGGAGUUUGGAGCAAGUACAAGCUGCAUUUCUUUAAAA